AUGGCAAUUAGAAAGAAGAAGCAGCAACAGUCAAAUGUUGUGAGAAGAAAGAGUAACAACAGACAUCGUCGACAACAGAAUAAUAGUAGUAAUAAUCUUCAACUACAUAAGUUGAUGGUAGAAUUCGAACAGCAGGCACAUCUAGCUUUUUCCACAAUCAGACACAAGAUCAACACAGCAGAAGUCGCCGCGCCCGUCGUCGACAACACAUUCGCCACACACAACCACAACUUCCAACAUAGCCACACUUUGGCGCCAAACUCUUCACUUCCACAACUCAUCGACAACAAUAACAUGGAAACAGUUGAUGAUGGAGCAGACAUUAUAGUCAUACAACAACAAGAACAACAAACAAAGAUAAUGGAUUCAUCAACUCAAGAGUCGACUGGAGCAAGAGGCGUGCACCCAAUGGGCUCAAGCUGCACAGAUGCCGAAGAACAUAAAGAAGAAGCCAUUGCAGACCAAAAUGAUGAGGAUAGAGAGAAUGAAGAUGACGCAGCAGAUGAGGAGGAACAAGAUGAGGACGAGGAAGUAGGCAUGUUUGGCGUGGAGAUUGAACAGUUGAUGGAGCUGCAAGGAGACGACAAUGGAGACGUGCCAAUGAUAUUGACCAUACUGAUUGAUCAGAUCAUUGAUAAUGGUGGACUGGGCACUGAGGGUCUGUUCAGGAUAAGUGGCAACAUGCAGGAUGUCGAGACGAUUGCAAAGGAUGGCUUUGAUCCAGAGGACACCGAUCUACAUUACAGCGUUCAUACUUGGGCUUCGUUGCUCAAGAAGUGGAUCAGAGAGCUGCCCACACCAUUGUUGCCAACAUACUUAUACGAUGCACUGGUUGCCUGCAAUCAAUCCGACACAAUCGCCUCGAUACUGGAGCGCAUAGAGUCGCCCCUGGUGGCCCGCGUUGUCGACACCAUUGGAAUGUUCUUUGGCCGUGUCCUGCAGCCAGAAGUGGUGGCCAACACCAAAAUGGAUGUGGACAAUCUCGCCAGAGUGCUGACGCCAACUGUAUUCUCUGGACAAGGUGCUGGUAUCUCGGCAACCGACGCCAGCGCAAUAAUGGCCAAACAUCAGAACGAGUUAAAGACUAUCAAGUUACUACUCAUGUAUUUUAGUACCGCAUACCAACAACAACAAGAAGAGGAACAAGAGGAAGAGGAACAGGAGGAGGAAGUAGAGGAGACUACAUUUGUACAUAACCAACUCGAGGAACAAUCAACCAACUGUUGA